AAAAGUUUGUGGAAAUUUCGUAGUCUGUCUAUUGUUAAAGUAAAAAUGACAAUAACGUACCAAUUCCGGGUUGCUAACACUACCCUGGGAGGCUUUGUGAAGCUCUUGGGAAUGUGGAAGGGUAGUGUCUACAAGCUUGUGUAUAAGGAAAUGAUUAUCUUCUCUAGUCUAUAUGCAGCCAUCAGCCUCACAUACAGACUAGCUCUAAACGAGGAACAAAGAGUAAUAUUUGAGAGCAUUGCUCGUCACUGUAACAACUUUACAAGUUUAAUCCCAGUAUCUUUUGUUCUUGGUUUCUACGUCACAAUGGUGGUCGGAAGAUGGUGGCAACAGUUCAGAAAUGUACCGUGGCCUGACAGAACUUUGUACCUGAUGUGCUGCUAUCUCCAGGGAAAGGACGACAAACCCCGGAUAAUCCGGAGAACUGUAGCCCGUUAUAUGAUGUUUGGCCUCAUCUUAAUCUGUCGGUCUAUCAGUGUAGCUGUAAUGAAGAGAUUCCCAACUCUAGACCACAUUGUUGAGGCAGGUUUCAUCACAAGUGAGGAAGCCAUUCUGUAUGAAAAAGUAGAUUGUAAAUAUAACAAAUUUUGGGUACCACUCAUGUGGGCAAACGCAGUUUUAUCACAUGCACGGAAAGAGGAUUACAUCAAAACUGACUGGGGGCUCCGAAUGGUGAUUGAGUCAAUCGCCGAUUUCCGAGACCGAUGUUCAUUGUGUUUUGUGUACGACUGGAUAACAAUACCUUUAGUUUACACACAGGUUGUGACUCUUGCAGUCCAUUCGUUCUUUCUCACGUGCUUGAUAGCGCGGCAGUUCCUGGAUCCCACUAAGCGCUACCCUAACUAUGAGUACGAUAUGUACGUACCCAUAUUCACACUCCUAGAAUUCUUCUUCUACAUGGGUUGGUUAAAGGUUGCCGAACAAUUGAUCAAUCCUUUUGGUGAAGAUGAUGAUGAUUAUGAUAUUAAUUGGCUUUUAGAUAGACAUUGGGCGGUAGCCGUCACUCUUGUUGACGAAAUGUGUGGUGAUUUCCCGCCAUUAAUUAAGGAUGCCAAUUUUGACGACGGUGUAACUGAAUUACCAUAUACCAACGCAUCACUAGCGUCCAAGAAGCCAAUGUUCCUUGGUUCAACUUACAAUUUAGCGUCUGUUCCUCUCCAAGAUCAGCGCAUUAUCCACCCUGAUGAAAUGGUGGACUACAACGAUAACCGCAAUCGUCGGUCGUCUGUGUUCAGCCACAACUUUGCGGGAUCCAUGCUAAGCCUUAUAAGUGGAAAACAUCCAUCAAAGUACGGUGAUCAGCUAAGCAUCCCAUCGCAGCGUUACUCUGUUCACCUAAAUCCACACAUGGAUCAUCUUCAUUAUCCUGGACAGGCAAAAAGGACCCAUUCAGUGGUAGGAACCACAGAAAAACCAAAGAGAAAAAUUUCAUUCGAGGUAUCAGAAGCUCGAAGAGGAUCUGCCUGGUCGUCUGAUACCCGACUGAAUCAAGCAGAUCCAGAUUGGCAGGCGAGGUCACGUGCCAAUACAACCGGCAAUGAACCAGAAGACAUUCCAGUUGACAAGAAUCAAAGAAAAAGGAAAAGAAGUUUCCCAUUAAGUUUUUUGUUCAAGUUGGCAGACUCUAGGAAGAAUUCUUCAGGUUCCCUUGGUUCUUCAAAAACUGUGAGAUCACGUGAUGGUAAUGAAGGGGAUCCUGAUACAACUCCAGAAUAUGUUCCUUUAAGAAGAGCUACAACUAUUGGUCCGUUUGCAAAAAAGAACUCAAUAGACAGAAGAAUCAACGAUAGGCGAAGGAAAAAGAGUGCUCCGUUGUCCUUAAUGAAAAAUCAGUAUGAGCAAGAUAUUGCAGAAAAUAACUCUACUGACUCGCUUCCUUCAAAGCUAGAUAGCCCAGCUAUCAGACACAAAGCUUCAAGAUUCACCAUAGAACAAGUACCAGACGAUGUUCCUUUAGACGAGGAGUCAAUUUCGGUUCAUCAGAGAAAUGCUCAGAAAAUCAAAGACUCCAUAAGUGGAAAAAAUAUUUCUCGUGCUCCGAAUUUGUCUGCCAUUGAAGAGGGCGGGACGAUCACCAGCAUCACACAGAUUUUACCGGAAGAUGACACAGUUCCAGCUCCGGAUGUUAUAGAGGAAGUACCAGAGGAGAACAUGCCCUCAGAAGUUUUUGUUGAGGAAAACAGGAAAAAUGAAGAAACAAAACCACUUUUAGAUAGACCUAUACCAACCAUUGUGAUAGAGGAAUGGUGAUUAAAGAGCUGUAAAUCUCUGUUCAUUAACUAACAGUACCUAUCUUUUCUUUUUGCUUUAAUCAUACGUUAGUAGAAGUAUACAAGAGAUAAAAGGGGGGCCAUGCCUAAGACUGGUGUAAUAUCUGAGUUACAAAAUCGAGAUGAAAUUUGUGGGCGGUAUUACAUCUUUUUGGAUUGAAAUUCAUUUUUACGAUUAUUUCCCAUUAUCCAAUGCUCUGAUUACCAGAUGAGUUAUAAGCUAUCUAUCCAUACAAUGCAAGUAAUACAGAAUCAGG